AUGAAACUCUCGGCCCGAUUGAACAUCGGAACCAUCAGAUUUACCAGAUCAAUCUCUGUCUACAGCCAUCCUCCGCCAGCUUAUCGACGAGCAAGAAGACGAGCCAUGGCCAAGCCGGAUCUGGUCGUCAUCCUCGGAACCACCGGGACCGGGAAAUCGAAACUGGCCAUCGAGCUCGCCAGCGCACUCAGUCCGACCAGAACAUCGGAAAUCAUCAAUGGCGACUCGAUGCAAGUCUACAAAGGACUCGAUAUCUUGACCAACAAAAUCACAUCCAAUGAGACCAACGGCAUCCCACAUCAUCUCAUGAGCUUCUUGGACCUGGAUCAGGAUUAUACCGUCGAAAGAUUCAGAGACGAUGCGAGUAAAAAAAUCACAGAAAUCGAUCACAAAGGUUCUUUACCAAUCCUUGUCGGAGGGACUGGUUAUUACAUCCAAAAUCUAAUCUUACCUGGCAGAUUGACCAAAGAUGUUCAGUCACCCGAUGCCCUCUCUGAGCUCAUGACGAAGAAAGACAUACAUGCGACCAAAUCGCCUGAUUUUAAUCAAUCUUCGAUCCUGGACGAUUCGGAAGAGAUUCUCGAGCGAUGCAGACAGAACGGGUUCGACCCCAAUCUGCUCGCCAGCCUAAAAUCCAUCUCGCUCGAUCAUUUACGACUAGUCUUCUUAUUACCCCAUCUGCCGCCCUUCUCGUCUCCCAAAGAGUUCCCACCGGAUUUCCCCAUCGAGCUCUUACCUCCGAAAUAUCAACCCCCUCAGGCUACCGCAGAAGACCUCUGCAUCGGUCUUCAUGAGGCACUCCAAUCUAUCGAUCCCGUGAUGGCCGGAAGAUGGCAUUGGAGAGACUUGAGAAAAGUUCGGAGAAGUCUCGAGGUCGCUCUGUGCUCCGGCAAACUUAUGAGUAACUUAGUUGCUGAACAAGACCAAAUCGAUAAUCGAGCAAGUGAAUCUCAAGAGGAGAGGAUCCCUUAUCGCACAUUGGUUUUCUGGUUAUAUUCAGAAACCGAACAGCUGCUGCCUAGGUUGGAUGCUCGAGUGGAUAAAAUGAUUGAAAACGGUCUCAUGAACGAGGUCAGAGACUUGAAAAUAAUGCGAGGGAGAUUGACUGAAGGCAACCAAACUCGGACCGAUUUUUCUCGAGGCCCAUUCCAAGCCAUUGGAUAUCGGGAAUUUGAGUCACUACUAAGCACCACAGAUGCUGACUCAGAGCCAGAACCAUUACAAUCAAAAAAGCUUGCGGAAGCGACAGAAUUGACGAAGAUUGCAACCCGACAAUACGCUAAAUCACAAGUCAAGUGGAUGAAAAAUAAGUUCUUACCUCAACUGAACAAGUUUGGAUCUUCUUCCGAAACUCUAGAUCCUCCGAACAACGCCGAGUCACACAUGAUGACUUACAUUUUGGAUGCUAGUAGGGUGGAUGAGUGGGACCAGAACGUCCUGAUCCCCGCUCAAAAUAUCUUAUCUGGUACGUCUCUCCCACCCUAA